AUUCAUUUAAUGGAAGGGACUCCUCUAUCAAAUGCUCCUAGAGAACCCCUCUGAAACAGCAACUACUGCCAGUCGGAUUUUCAAAGUGCCUAAAUCAACGAUACAGUCAAGCAUCAGCCGACUAGCCCAGCAGCUCCCACACCGAGGGGGCCAGAAUAAGCUACUCUCUACUGCGCAGACAGAGGCCAUAAAGAAAUGGUUCCUUGAGCAGUAUUACCUAGGACUAGGAAUAUGAUAUUUGCUGCUGUCUAAUGAGCUUAAGGAAUAUCACUUUAUUACUACGAAGCCAAUUGCGCAGCAGCGUACGAAGGCUCAAGAUGAGCCUACAGUUCUAAAGUGGUUUCAAGAGUACGGCUGGUUUAUACUAGAGCGUGGUAUACAGAGUCAAUCUGGAAUAUGGAUGAAACUGGCUUUCGGGUUGGGAUUCGAGGUGGAGAGCAUGUGAUUGUGCCAUGAGCCGCAAAGGAGCUCUACAUCCCAAGCCCUGAAAAUCGUACGUCUAUUACUAUACUUGAGGAUGUGUCUGCAACUGGAAAAGUCAUACCGCCUGUACUUAUCAUUCCGGGCAAAAUACACAUGGAUUCUUGGUACCACGCCAACCUUCAAGGCACAGAGCUCAUCAUGCUCUCUGACACUGGAUUUUCAAACAGCCAGCUUGCCUUACGGUGGCUAGAGCACUUUUCAGAGCAUACUCCCUCUGAGGAAACGAAGGUUCUACUACUUGACUCUCAUGUGAGCCAUACAAGCGAUGAUUUCGUCAUUAUGGCAGUAAACCACAAUAUUAUCAUAUACACAUUCCCAUCCCAUCUUACUCAUAUUUUACAGCCACUAGAUGUGUGGAUCUUCCAGCCGUAUAAGCACUGGCACAGAGAGGCUGUGCUUGCUGCCAUACGUGAUAUGGAUGUUACAUAUGACCUACAGUCCUUUAUGAGGGAUCUUACCAAAAUGUGGCUACAGACUUUUAAGGAGUCUACAAUUAUAUCAGCUUUCCAGAAAGCAGGAAUUUGACCAGUAAGCCACAUUAUAGCUCUCGCAAAGCUACUUACGUACUCACAGCCGCC